AUGUCUAAUUUGACUUCUACAUUUGCUGAAGCUAGGGCUUCCUCAGACAACAGAACCGAAAUUGGCACUGAUUACUCACAGCAAUACUUUACUCCACCACAAACUCAAACACAACCUCCACUAAAGAAAAAGAGAAACCUUUCUGCCAACCCAGACCCUAAAGCUGAAGUUGUCAGCUUGUCUCCAAAGACUCUCUUGGCAAGUAAUAGGUUCAUUUGUGAGAUUUGCAACAAAGGAUUUCAAAGAGACCAGAAUCUCCAACUUCACAGAAGAGGACACAAUUUACCAUGGAAGCUGAACCAAAGAUCAAGCAAAGAGAUUAUAAGGAAGAAGGUGUAUGUGUGCCCAGAAGCUAGUUGCAUGCACCAUGAGCCUUCAAGGGCCCUAGGGGACCUCACUGGCAUCAAGAAGCACUUAUGCAGAAAGCAUGGCCAGAAGAAGUGGAAAUAUGACAAAUGA